AUGGCCAACGACGAGAUCUUCUCAGGUCCCAUGUCCGAGAGCGUGCCUACUGCCAACAGCUCCUUUGCCCACCGUCGUUCGCGCGCAGACUCGACUACAAGCUUUACCUACUACGACGAUGAGGACGAGGACCGCGAUAUCUCUGAUGAGGAAUGGCUCCAGGAAGAAGCCAUUAUCGAUGAGGAAGCUGAGAUUGAGGAAGGUCGUGCUGAUGCCGAGGACGGCCAUGCCUUUGCCGAGCCUGAGAUGGACCUGGAAUCCAACGAUCGUCCCUCUCUACACAGUCGCAAAUCAUCAGGCUAUUCUCGAUCGUCGGCACGCAGUCCGCUUUUGCGACGUCGACGCUCCUCGGAUACGGACCGAAGCGUUCGAAGUGGUUAUGGCUCAGGCGGACGGAUGAGCCAGAAGAUUUACAUCCAGAACGAGGAUAUGACUAUUGUCGUUGCUGGUUUCAAGACCUCUGUCCUGGGUUACGCCAUCUAUCUCUGCAUCUCCUUCUGCACUCUUGGACUUGGCUUUUUGUUGUUCCGCUGGUUGCCCCGAUGGCGCGUACGAUUGACUGGCUCUCCAACUCCUCUGCAUAAGUGUGACUGGCUGGUUAUUGAGAACCAAUGGAACGAAAUGGUUGUCCAGCAACUAAGCAAACAGAGUUUUGACAUGCCUCUUUCUUCGGUCUUCGGCAUGCCAGGUAAGGGCAAGAUGCGCGAAUUCGAUGAAUAUAACGACCCGAUUCUCGACGAGCUCCGCAUCAUGGACUACCGCUAUAUUCGUUUCUGCUUCCAUCCAUUCAAGGACAAGUUCAUUCUUGGAAACACCUGGCAGGACCCUGCUUGGACAGAUGUGGUUACAAUCCGUGCCGGUAUUGACGGUGAGGAGCAAGAAAACCGCGAGCGUAUUUUCGGCAAGAACAUGAUCGACAUCGAGCAGAAAUCAGUCGGUCAGCUCCUUGUUGACGAAGCUCUGCAUCCGUUUUACAUCUUCCAGAUUGCCAGUCUGGUGCUUUGGUCUGUGGAUGAGUACUACUACUAUGCCGCCUGUAUCUUCAUCAUCUCGAUCGUAAGUAUCGCUUCGACUCUCAUCGAAACUAGAGCAACUAUGGCACGUCUUCGUGAGAUCUCACGCUUCGAGUGCGAUAUCCGCGUUCUUAGAAGCGGUUUUUGGCGCUAUGUCCAGUCCAGCGAUCUGGUCCCCGGAGACGUCUACGAGAUCACGGAUCCUAACCUCACACAGUUCCCCUGUGACAGUCUUCUGCUUUCUGGUGACUGCAUAGUCAACGAGAGUAUGCUUACUGGAGAAUCUGUUCCAGUCUCGAAAGUCCCAACCACCAAUGAAUCACUGGAACUCCUCGAUCUCAGUGCUUCUUCCAUCCACCCUGAGGUCGCAAGGAACUUCUUGUUCAGCGGCACCAAGAUCAUUCGUGCUCGCAGACCUCAAGAAGACAAAAGUGAUGAAGCCGCUGCUCUGGCUCUAGUUGUUCGCACUGGCUUCAACACCACCAAAGGUGCAUUGGUCCGCUCCAUGCUUUUCCCCAAGCCUUCUGGAUUCAAAUUCUACCGAGACUCGUUCCGCUACAUCGCAGUCAUGGCCGGUAUCGCCAUGGUUGGCUUUGUGGCUUCAUUCAUCAAUUUUGUUCGUCUCGGACUCGAGUGGCAUCUCAUUGUCGUCCGAGCUUUGGAUUUGAUAACCAUCGUUGUUCCUCCUGCGCUACCCGCCACUCUGACGAUCGGCACCAAUUUUGCUUUAUCCAGACUGAAGAAGAAGUUCAUCUUCUGCAUCAGUCCUCAAAGAGUAAACGUUGGUGGUAAGCUUGACGUGGUCUGUUUCGACAAGACCGGUACUUUGACUGAGGACGGCCUCGAUGUAUUGGGUACUCGUGUGGUACACCGACCUGCGAACAGAUUCAGCGACAUUCUCACCGAUUCUACUUCACUCUUACCUGGCGCAACCUAUGAGCGUGACCCUACUGUCGACUACAACGCAAACAAGGCAAUCUUGUACACUAUGGCUACGUGCCACUCUUUGCGGAUCGUUGACGACGAGUUCGUUGGUGACCCUCUGGAUCUCAAGAUGUUCCAGUUCACUGGCUGGCAAUACGAAGAGGGAUCUGAACGACCUGGUGCGACUGACGAGGAUGAGCAAAAUUCCCUGUCGCCAUCUGUAGCCCGUCCCCCACCUGGCAUGGAACUUGAUCUCGAUGAAGAUGAAAACUCUCCCAACAACAAGCGAGCAAUCGAACUCGGAGUGCUGAAAUCUUUCGAGUUUGUCUCUCAGCUGAGACGUGCAAGUGUUAUUGUACGUCAGUUCGGAGACCCCAGCGGCAAUGUUUACGUCAAGGGUGCUCCUGAGUGUAUGAAGGAAAUCUGCCGUCCUGACAGUUUCCCGCCAGACUACGAAGAGCUGCUUAGCUACUACACUCACCGUGGUUUCCGUGUCAUUGCUUGCGCAACUAAACACAUCUUUAAACUCAACUGGUUGAAGGUCCAAAAGAUGAAGCGCGAAGAGGCCGAGUCUAAUCUUGAGUUUGUCGGAUUCAUCAUUUUCGAGAACAAGCUCAAGCCCACUACAACUGGUAUCAUCGAGGAGCUUCGCGAUGCAAACAUCCGUACCGUUAUGUGCACAGGAGACAAUAUUUUGACUGCUAUCAGUGUCGCUAGAGAGUGCAAUUUGAUCGAUAGAUCUGCUCAUUGUUUCGUCCCUCACUUCGUUGAGGGUGAUUCACGUACAGCGCUUUCCCGUCUGAGCUGGGAAAGCGUGGACAACCCAGCAUAUCAACUAGACGACAACACCCUCAAACCUUUGCCUCCGCCUGCCGAACACGACUCUUCUUUGCCAUACGACGUCUCAAACUUGCGCAAUUACUCCAUCGCAGUCAGUGGUGAUGUUUUCCGCUGGCUUGUUGACUUUGCAUCACCAAAGGUUCUUCGUGAGAUGCUAGUCUGUGGCCAAGUCUUUGCGCGUAUGUCGCCCGACGAGAAGCACGAACUUGUGGAGAAACUCCAGAGCAUUGAUUACUGUUGCGGCUUCUGUGGCGAUGGUGCCAAUGACUGUGGCGCUCUCAAAGCUGCCGACGUGGGCAUCUCGUUAUCGGAGGCUGAAGCUUCGGUUGCUGCGCCGUUUACCAGCCGUAUCUUCGACAUCUCGUGUGUACCAGAGGUGAUUCGCGAAGGAAGAGGAGCGCUUGUCACAAGUUUCAGCUGUUUCAAGUACAUGUCCUUGUACUCGGCUAUCCAGUUCACUUCUGUGAGCUUCCUCUAUGCCUCUGCGUCUAACCUUGGAGAUUUCCAGUUCCUGUUCAUCGAUUUGGCCCUCAUUCUUCCCAUCGCCAUUUUCAUGGGCUGGACCGGUCCCUACCCUGUCCUCUCCAAGAAGAGACCUACUGCUAGCUUGGUGUCGCGAAAAGUCCUCACCCCUCUACUUGGCCAAAUUGUCAUUUGUGUCUUGACUCAACUCGUUGGUUGGGAGAUUGUGCAACGCCAACCUUGGUAUCAGCCACCAGUCUUGGACAAGGAACACUCGAACUCGGAGAACUCGCAAAACACAACUCUCUUCCUGGUCUCUUGCUUCCAGUACAUACUUUCCGCCAUUGUGCUCAGUGUCGGCCCUCCUUUCAGACAGUCCAUGACACAGAACCGUAAGUCCAAAUUGCCAAGUGCAGACGAGGACAUCCACUGA